GGGGGUGUGGCGCGGCGCCGGUGGGGGUGGGCGGGCGCGCCAGGCGGCAGGUGUCGGCGGCAUCGGCAUUCGGCGGCGAUGGAGCGGCCCCGGGGAGCUGCGGACUGCCUCUCGUGCUGGCCCCACGGCCUCGGCCUCGGCCUUCUCCUCUUCCAGCUGCUGUGGCCGGCGACCCUUGGCCAGGACCGGCUGGACUCGCCGCCGCCGCCCGCGGCGCCGCUGUCGCGCUGGUCCGGCCCCGUCGGGGUGAGGUGGGGGCUGCGCGCGGCCGCGCCCGGGGGCCCAUUUCUCCCCGGCGGCCGUUGGCGCCGCAGCGCGCCCGCCGAGGACGAGGACUGCGGCCGGGUCCGGGACUUCGUCUCCAGGCUGGCCAACAACACGCACCAGCAUGUGUUUGAUGACCUCAGUGGCUCAGUAUCCCUGUCGUGGGUUGGAGAUAGCACUGGGAUCAUUCUAGUCUUGACUACCUUCCAUGUACCUCUGGUAAUUAUGACUUUUGGACAGUCCAAGCUGUAUCGAAGUGAGGACUAUGGAAAGAACUUUAAGGAUAUUACAAGUCUGAUCAAUAACACCUUCAUUCGGACUGAAUUUGGCAUGGCUAUUGGUCCUGAGAAUUCUGGAAAGGUGAUCUUAACAGCAGAGGUGUCUGGAGGAAGUCAUGGAGGAAGAAUCUUCAGAUCAUCAGAUUUUGCAAAGAACUUUGUUCAGACCAAUCUCCCGUUUCAUCCUCUGACUCAGAUGAUGUAUAGCCCUCAGAAUUCUGAUUAUCUUCUAGCACUCAGCACUGAAAAUGGCCUGUGGGUGUCCAAGAAUUUUGGGGGAAAAUGGGAAGAAAUCCACAAAGCAGUAUGUUUGGCCAAAUGGGGAUCAGAAAACACCAUCUUCUUUACCACCUAUGUGAAUGGCUCCUGCAAAGCUGACCUUGGGGCACUGGAAUUAUGGAGAACUUCAGACUUGGGGAAAAGCUUCAAAACAAUUGGUGUGAAAAUCUACUCGUUUGGUCUUGGGGGACGUUUCCUUUUUGCCUCUGUGAUGGCCAAUAAGGAUACAACAAGAAGGAUUCAUGUGUCAACAGAUCAAGGGGACACAUGGAGCAUGGCCCAACUCCCCUCUGUGGGGCAGGAACAAUUCUAUUCUAUUCUAGCAGCUAAUGAAGACAUGGUGUUCAUGCAUGUAGAUGAACCUGGAGAUACUGGCUUUGGCACAAUCUUUACCUCAGAUGAUCGAGGCAUUGUGUAUUCCAAGUCGUUGGACCGACAUCUCUACACCACCACAGGUGGCGAGACAGACUUUACCAAUGUAACCUCCCUCCGUGGGGUCUACAUGACAAGUGUGCUCUCAGAAGAUAAUUCUAUCCAGACUAUGAUCACUUUUGACCAAGGAGGAAGAUGGAAGCACCUUAGGAAGCCUGAAAAAAGUGAAUGCGAUGCUACAGCAAAAAAUAAGAAUGAGUGCAGCCUUCAUAUUCAUGCUUCCUACAGCAUCUCCCAGAAGCUCAAUGUUCCAGCGGCCCCACUCUCUGAGCCUAAUGCCGUUGGCAUAGUCAUUGCCCAUGGUAGCGUGGGGGAUGCCAUCUCAGUGAUGAUCCCGGAUGUGUACAUCUCAGAUGACGGGGGUUACUCCUGGGCGAAGAUGCUAGAAGGGCCUCACUAUUACACCAUCCUGGAUUCCGGAGGCAUCAUUGUGGCCAUUGAGCACAGCAGCCAUCCUAUCAAUGUGAUUAAGUUCUCUACAGACGAAGGUCAGUGCUGGCAAACCUACAUGUUCAGCAGGGAGCCCAUCUACUUCACCGGUCUAGCUUCAGAACCUGGAGCUAGGUCCAUGAAUAUCAGUAUUUGGGGCUUCACAGAAUCUUUCCUGACUCGCCAGUGGGUCUCCUACACUAUUGAUUUUAAAGAUAUCCUUGAAAGGAAUUGUGAAGAGAAAGACUAUACCAUAUGGCUGGCUCACUCCACAGAUCCUGGAGAUUAUGGAGAUGGCUGCAUUUUAGGCUAUAAAGAACAGUACCUACGGCUACGCAAGUCAUCUGUCUGUCAGAAUGGUCGGGACUAUGUUGUGACCAAGCAGCCAUCCGUCUGUCUCUGCUCCCUGGAGGACUUCCUCUGUGAUUUUGGCUACUUCCGUCCAGAAAAUGACUCCAAGUGUGUGGAGCAACCAGAGCUGAAGGGCCAUGACCUAGAGUUUUGUCUGCAUGGAAGAGAAGAGCACCUGACGACGAGUGGGUACCGGAAAAUUCCAGGAGACAGAUGCAAAGGCGGCGUGAAUCCAGUUCGAGAAGUUAAAGACUUGAAAAAGAAAUGCACAAGCAACUUUUUGAGUCCAGAAAAACAGAAUUCCAAGUCAAAUUCUGUUCCAAUUAUCCUGGCCACUGUGGGAUUGAUGCUGGUUACAGUCGUAGCAGGAGUGCUUAUUGUGAAGAAAUACGUCUGUGGUGGAAGGUUCCUGGUGCACCGAUAUUCCGUGCUACAGCAGCACGCAGAGGCCAAUGGCGUGGAUAGUGGAGAUGGUCUGCACACAGCCUCUCACACUAAUAAAAGUGGUUAUCAUGACGACUCAGAUGAGGACCUCUUGGAAUAGCUACUCCAGGGAGCUGGGACUGAGCAUGGAUGAUGGAACUGCCAUACCUCUUACACUCCCUGUGGCUCCAACUUGGGGAAAUAAAUUUCCCGCUGCAAGGGACCCAGCUCUGUUUCCACUGCUUCCAUCAAAGCCAAAAGGACCUACACAAAAGAAAUGUGAGGGUGGGGUGGGGAACUCUAGACACUCUUAACAAUUUGCUCUGAAAAGAGAGGAUAUUUAAAUUCUUUAACUUUUAAUUUCAAGUUAUGUCUUUUUGCAAAGUAUGGGCUCUUUUUGUUUGGGUUUUUUUUUUUUAAGGGAGCUGAAAUGGAAUUUGAAAAGAACUCUGUAACUGCACUGCUGCAUGUUUUGCAUGGCGCCUGCCUCAGGGCAUCUGCCACCCCAGCAUCAGCUCCCACACGUGCUUGCUGCUGCCCCCGGGCUCUGCUGGCAGCAGGCAAGGCUGCAGGGGUGAAUGGAGAGGCUGCAGUGGCUGGCACAACCGGGCAGCCUCUCUCUGGAGGCAGCUCUGCUCCCAGAGCAGUGCAUGUGAGCUCCUCACACAGAUCUCUGCUUUUGUUUUGUUCUGUUUCAGGGGCCCAUAGACCACAGUGAUUUUUCUUUUCCCCUGUUUAAUUAGACAAUACCCUUGUUGAUUGCCCUUUGGCACUGACUUAACCGUGGGCUUCCAAGACACUAAACCAGGAAAACUUAAUGGGCAACAUUUUUAACUUGAGGCAGGAAGAAGGGAGCAUUAGAGAAUUUAAAAGAUUUAGCACCUAUUAAGGAGAAAUUCAUGCUUCUGAGGUCUUUCAAGCCAUGCUUUGUGUGUGUGCCAGUGUACUUGCUCAAGGACAGGGUUCAGGCUUGCCCCGGGUAUCUGCCCGGGCUGAGUGGCCUCUUCACUAGAGCUGAGGGUGCAGCCCCUGAGACAGAGCAUCACCGUCGCCCUUGUCCCCGUCUGCCUGUUGUAUGAAGCACUGGUGAAUCACUAGAAUGGCUGCUUACCUGCUGCUGCUUAGGUUGCUGUUGUACAUGGAGCCGGGAUUAGUCAUGUUUCAGAUUUAUAGGCUGUUUUUUAAAAAUCAGAAUUUUAUUACCAGGUUCUCCGCCUCACCCUUUUCCCCAGCUUUGCCAAGUAGUUUGUUGGCAUGAAACUUUUGGCUGUGAAAAAGUGAAAAUGUACUUCCAAUAUAGAUCAUGUUUUGUGUGAUAUAUUAAGUUCAUAUUUUAAGUUUAAGAAGUUUUCCAUUUGACAUUUUUUUCAAAUUAAAUAAAUUAUAGAAUGUAGUGAGAUGGACUUUGGGGUGACCAUAUAGUAAUGGAAAGCUGCGAUAAUUAGUUUUACUACAGCUUGAAUAUUUGCUAACAUUAAUACAGUAUGUUUUCAGUCAGCAUACCUAACUGUGCUGGUCACAGUGUCUCCCAUUAAGUAUGAUUGGGACACUCUCUGGUAACUUCCAUUUAGCCAGCUGCUAGUCCAUUUUGUGGCUAGAAAAUCAGUAAAAAGUUAUCAUGCCAAAUUAACUUUUGUCAGAAUGAGCAGCAAGCAGAUGGCUAAAUUCUUUUCUCACCAGAAUGGAUCAACAACAGCAGGGAAAGUGGGGGAGGGAGUAAAUGGAGAAUUUUAGGAACUUUGAAACUACAGUAAAAUUAAAUGAGUCAGGGAGCUUCAGUUAGAAAAUAAAGUUCGAGCAGUUUUUGUUAAGAGAAUAUUUGUUAGAGAGCACUGGUCUUUUAGGUAAAGCUCAUUUUGUGUGAUUUUGUAAAUAAUUCCAAAGAUAAAUCAGCUCACAAAUAAUAGAGUGUCAGGUCUUGUCCUGGACACCCUUACCUCCUGUCCAAAGUGAAUUUGGUACCCAGAAAAGACCUAGUUACACCAUACACCUUUUUUACCAGCAAAUACCCACUGGGGUACAUGGGCUGAUACAUGGUAAUUCUCUGGUUAGUUUUAAGAUGUAGGAAAGUUAAUAUUCUUCUCUAACCAUAUAAGAUACAGGGCUCUUCGCUUAUAAUGGUAUCUGGGAUUUCUGUAGAACUUGACAAUUUUCAGAGCACUUUCACUUACAUUAUGUCAUUUGAGCUUCACAACAUUCUUGUGAAAGUCUAAAGGGGUUAUAAAUCCCCAUUUUUUUAGGAGAUGGAGCAGAGGUACAAAAAUUGAGUAAAUUGUCCAGGGUGUCUCUGUAUGUUACAAGAAUGCCAGUUGAUUGUCUUCAGAACUUAAAUAUUUUUAUGCAUGCAAGUGCUGAAUAUUUGGAACAGGGCUUCCUUCUUGCAGGUGACUUGCUUUUCUUUAGGGUAGGAAUCAGUGGCAUUUCUGUCACAGCAGUAUUUUUAGCGUCUUUUGCCACCUUGGUAAACAGGAAAUUUUAUUCUUCUGUUUCUCAUGGCUGAAAACAAGAGUAAUGGUAGUUUUGAAUAUGUGUUUUAGAAACUGCCCCUCACCUCUUUGAGGGUCACUGUGCAAGAGUGCAGGAAUGGAAUCUCCAUCGGUGAAUCUCCCUUCCGUGUCCUUGUUUUCCCAUCCCUGGCUGGCAAGCUAGCUAGCUCAGCUGUUUUGAGGACUGCUAAGAAACCUGGUUCAUUCCCUUUAUUGGCUAGUUAAUUUCUACAUCAGCCUGCUUAUUCACAACUGUAUGCCCUCAGAGUAAAACAGCUUAAAUCCAUGAUAGUUUCUAAGAAAAAAGAUCUCUAAUUUGUUUCACUGAGGUUAGAGGCAUUAUCUUUGAAAGUAAAGCAUAGUAUAUCACUGUGUAAAGUCUCAGGCUUGAUGCAAGUAGAAGAGAUUAUUUCUGGAGUUUCAGCAGUAGGACUUAGCGUGGUAUUUUAUAGGUUGGACAUAUCAGACUGUCCACAGUGGUAUGAACUCUUAAAUCCAGGUGGAGAACUCCCCAUCCUUCCUGCUCUGUAGAUAGGAGUCUUGGAUCUAAAGGGUCUUUUUAGUGAGACCAGAGACCAGGGAUGCAUACACCUUGGCUGUUAAUUGAAUGGGAACACCACUUAGAAGAAUAAGUAUUUGGAGGGCUGUGGCAGUUCUAGGCUGGACUCAGGAGAUUCAAUAGAUUUGCUAUAACUGAAACUUAGAAUUUGCCCUCUGCUUUGAAUAGGCUUUCAAUAUGUGUCUCUCUCACUCUUAGGUUUGCCUCUGGGCCUCUCCAUGCCCAAGCUGGCCUUUCAUCCCUCACAGAUUAGUAAUGUGCUGACCACCUCCGGUCAAUGCAUUUGGUUCUUUAAACCACAGCUGGUUCUUUUCAUGACCUUCAUCACGAUAACAGGAUACAAAGGAGUGUGGGGCUGUCCACACCCACCCCAGGUGGCAGGCUGGCCUGGCUUCAGUCAUUUAUUUUCCAGACAAUUCACACAGGUAGACAGAUUCUCUCUGUCCUUUUAGGAGAGCUCUAAAGACCCCUUGCCCUGAUACGCAGUGGCUACAGUGUCAUCCUGCUCAUUGCUGACACAACCCUUAACCACAUGUGAAACCUGCAUACUUGCAACUGCUAAACAGGAGAGAUCCACUUUCUAACGUUGCUAUUACCUUCUCUUAAGCAGAAAAACAACAUGGACUUAAAUGUCCUUUGAACAAAACCAAAGUUUAAGAUUGGCUGCCUGAUGGAGUGAAGGGCACUCAGCAGGUGCUGGAAUUUCUAUUGCAUCAGCCGCUGACUGUCCAGCUCAGCAGCUCUGGGAGCCCAGUCCUGCCCCAGCAGAGCCUGGUCUGGCCUCAUGGAGAAAAACUGAAAGAGCAGGAGCAUGUUCAUUUCUUGGCUGUCGCACUAGAACAGUAAGAAUCAGAACAUUAAUUUGAAAUUGUCUUCAGUAACUUGCCAAAUGAAUUUUUUCACACCAGUACAUUCUUAAGCACCCUUGUUUAUAUGGAAUAACAUGAACUAAUCUGUACCUUUAUUAUAUAUAUGUGUGUGUACAUAUAUACAUAUAUAAACUGUAUAGUAUAGUACAUGUUAAUGAUUUGUUGAUAUGUCCCAAAUCUUUAAUGCAGUUCUCAUCCUCCGCAUGACCUCAGUUUGACGUGAAUGAUCCCUGAUGAUUCUGCCCACCUCCUGUGUUUAGACAUCUAGGGAGGGAGGGUUUUGGUCAUGCCCUCAUCAUACUUGUGCACAGAAAUGCUCAGGGUCCCUGUGUGCCUGUUGUUCUACCCUCUCUUGUCUCUUGUUACCUUUCCUAGCAUGUGGUCCCUCCCUGUUCUAUAACUUCUCUGUCCCCUCCCCAAGCUGUGGUACAGCUGCAUUCUUACUGAAGUGUAAAGCAGUAUUAAGAUCACUACUGCAUGUGCGCCAAAAACCCAAGUUUUGCUAUUCCAUUUAAACAAAAAAUUGCAUGUGAGGUGGGAUAAUCAAUCAAGUUUCAGUGACCCAUAUCAGGAACACAACAAAGCCAGACCCCAUAAUAAAAUUCCACAAAAUGGAAAUGGGAAAACUCAAAUUUCUUUAGCAUUCUGUAAAUAAAUCUGGAUGUGUUUAACUUUGUACUGGUAAUUUUCUGUAUAUUUGCAAUAUUUGGGUUAGAAAUAAAACAGACUAAACUUUGUUACCAGA